UAAACUUUUGAUUGUCACUUUUGCGAAUGAGUCCUUUUAUUAACAAGUUACUUCAUAACAGCAACAACUACUUUAUCAAAUAGGUAACAUUUUGAUGGUUUUGGUAUUAUAAUUGAAAUUUAUUAAUUAAAAAUAAAAAAAAUUUGAACAGUUUAGAGUCGUGACCAGGCUAGUUCAAGUUUCUUAUCAAAUUGAUAAACAAAUAAAAAUACUGAAAUCAUCUAGGGUAUGAUUAGCAUUUUCACUUAUUUAAAUCUAUGCGCGUCUCACAUAAAAUGAUCUGCCGACUAAAGCGCCCCUGAAAACGGACGGAUCACGGAGCAGCUGUUGGCUGUUGCUGACUGAUUCACUGAUGUGCGACGAUGAUGCGUCGUCGCUACAUCGUUUCCGUAAGCAGUGUGUUGGUCAAUCUGUGUGUGUACCUUGCUUUAAAUCGUUCAUCAGAGAACUUGUGAAAUUGACAUUUUCUUUGAAUUUUCACGAAGUGUACACAAAAUAUCAGCAUCCAAUACUUACUCGCGACGUGACAGUAGUUAGUGUUGACCGUCUUAUUGGCUAAACUUGUUGUAAAUUUGUAAAUACGCUUGCGUGGGAGGAUACCUUGUGUUGCUGCCAUUACGCUCGUUAUAAUUAGUUUUUUCUAAUGAAGUUUAUGUUUUUUUCUUGUUCAUGGAGACAGUGUAAAAAUAUUGGUUCCUACUCCGGCAGUUUCUGUUACGUGCAAUAAAUACUGUUUUCAAUUGACAUGCUACAUACAGCAAACGUUAGUCAGAGUAUUUAUUGAACGAUCAAAUAUAACCUCAUUUAUUAGCUGAUAGCAUUUUGCUUCGUAAUAAUCUCGGCCUGGAGUUUUUACGGAAUAUUUACAGUAAGGAUUACAGAGAGGUUCCACUGUAGCCAAAAUGAGUUCAGAUGUGGAAUGUAUUACUGAUUCGAGGCGAGAUCCCGAUGAACUAAGCGACAAUGAACUUUCAACUCCAGAGCACAAACAUAGCAGUACUAGUAAGAAAAGGAAACGUAAACAUAAGCAUAAGCACAAGAAAGACAAAUCUGACAUAAAGUUGGAGCGCAGUGAAAGAAAAAAGCAUAAGCAUAAACAUAAACACAAAAAGAGCAGAAGUGAAGAAAAUGGUAAAGCUGUCAUUGACAAAAUUGUUUCAAAUUUUGUCAAAGAUAAAGAAAUGAAUGGCAAAAUUGGUACUAGCAUAGAAAUUCCAGAGUCAGAAGACAGUGAAGAUGAAAAAAUGGUUGAUUUGGAAUCAGAUGAUGCAGAUUGUACUAUCAUUGACUUAGAUUCAGAUGAAGUAGAUUGUACUAUCAUUGAAGAUGAUAUUGAUCUUGAAGAAUUGAUGAAACAAAAGGAACGUCUUCAAGCAUGUUUGGCACAAUAUUCAGUUUCUCAAUCAAAAAGCAAAGACGAAACAGUUGAUUCCAAAAAAGAUGAUAGACCUUCCUUAAAAAAAUCAAGCGAAAAACUUAAAGAAGAUGACAAAAAGAAAGAUGAAUCUUCCAGAAAAAAAUUGGAAGAUGACAAGCGCAAAGAAAUUGCUAAAAGAGAUGAAUCUCGAAAAAGAGAACACGAUAAAAGGGAAGAAGAGCGUAAAAAAAAUAGCAGUAGCACCAUCCGACGAAGUACUGACAAUAAAUCUCGAGAACCGUCUCGACCAUCUAGACGCGAUUCUAGUCGUGAACGACAAUUAAACCACGAACGAGAUAGAAGAAGCAGUCGUGAUCGAAAAGACAGUAGAAGACACAGAGAACUAGGUAAAGAUGGACGAGAUCAUCCUAGGGACAGUAGAGAUGUGAGAGCACACGAUAGACGUGAUAAUUCUAGAAACCGACACCGAUCCAGAAGUCUUGACCGUGGAAGGGAUCGGAAUGACCGUGACCGUCAUAGACGCUCAAGGUCUCGUUCACGAGGACGUCAUGGAGAUCGAGAUAGGUAUGGUAAAACUCAUGAUCGCGAACGGGAAAAAGACAAAAAUGGAAAACGCGAAAGAAAUGAUAAAUUUAAAGAUUCUUUAUCGGAAGGUUUGAAACCAGAACAUGAGUCCAGUUCCAGUGAAGAAGAUAUCAAAGAUAUCGACAUUGAAGAAGAUGAAGAUGAGGAAGCAAUCAUUGAACGUCGAAGAAAGCAGCGAGAAGAACUAUUGAAGCGGCUAGGUGCACCGAAUGAAGACUCAAAUUUAUCUUUAGAAUUUCCUCCAGCACAAUCACUUCGUACAGAAAGUCCGUCAAGUAAGUGUUCUUCUACACCUGAGAAAAGUAAUGGAACCAUUUAUGAAAGUCAUACGCCACCGUUACCUGAUAAACGAAAUUGGUUUAAAAUCGAGGACGAAAAUAAAGACAGUAAGGAUAGUAAGGAUAGUAAAGACAGUAAAGACAGUAAAGACAGUAAAAAGAGUAAUGAGACAUCAACUACAAAAAAAUCGAACGAAUGGGAUAUGUUUGCAGAAAUAGAUAAUAUCGGUGAUUUCAAUAGUCCAACCGUUGAUGGUUCUAAACGUCAUGGAGGGCAUGAUAAUCCUAAUCUAACGGAUAACUGGGAUGAUGCUGAAGGUUACUACAGAGUUCGUGUUGGUGAAACUUUGGAUUCAAGAUACGUAGUGUAUGGUUAUACUGGUCAGGGAGUAUUCAGUAAUGUUGUUAGAGCAAGAGACAAUUUCCGCAGUGGUCAGGAUGUAGCUGUAAAAAUAAUCAGGAAUAAUGAAAUAAUGCAUCGUACUGGUCUUAAAGAAUUAGAGAUUCUUCGAAAACUUAAUGACGCAGAUGCUGAAGAUAAAUUUCAUUGUUUACGAUUGUUUAGACACUUCUUUCACAAAAACCAUUUGUGCAUGGUUUUUGAAUCUUUGUCAAUGAAUUUGAGAGAAGUGCUGAAAAAGUAUGGGAAAGAUGUUGGAUUACACGUAAAGGCUGUCAGAUCAUAUACACAACAGUUAUUCCUUGCUUUAAAAUUGUUAAAAAGAGCGAACAUUCUGCAUGCUGAUAUAAAACCAGAUAAUAUUUUAGUCAGUGAAAGUAAAUUAGUUCUAAAAUUGUGUGAUUUCGGUUCUGCUUCAUUUGCACAUGAAAACGAGAUAACGCCGUACCUUGUUUCUCGAUUUUACAGAGCACCUGAAAUAAUUUUAGGUAUACCUUAUGAUUUCGGCAUUGAUAUGUGGUCGGUUGGUUGUACAAUUUAUGAACUCUAUACCGGGAAAAUCAUGUUUUCUGGAAAAACAAAUAAUCAAAUGCUCAAAUUCUUUAUGGAUUUAAAAGGAAAAAUGCCCAAUAAAGUUGUACGAAAAGGUCAAUUCAAAGAUCAACACUUUGAUAGUAACUGCAACUUCUUGUAUCACGAAGUUGAUAAAGUUACAGAAAGAGAAAAAAUUGUACAAAUGUCAACUCUUCCCAUCACCAGGGAUUUGGCUACUGAACUAGGAGGAACAGGCUUACCUACAGAACAAGCUCGUAAAGUAGCUCAAUUGAAAGAUUUACUCGAACGUACAUUGAUGCUCGAUGCUGGGAAAAGGAUAACAGUAAAUCAUGCGUUGACUCAUCCUUUUAUUCAAGAGAAGAUAUAAGAUAUAUUAUCUUACACAAAGAAUAUACACGUAGGUAAAAUGCACUUACCGUGUUACUAAGUGCGUGUAUAUUAUCUGAUCAACAACUCUGACGAAACCUAAUUUAUGCUUAAUGGUGAACUUGAAAAUGUUUUCUUCUCACUGCAGCACGUUAAAUGUGUACCUGCUCAAAAUAUAGAAGGGGUUGAUUCAAUUUAGUUAGAUAAUAAAAUAACCAAAGGAGGUUUGAUUAAUAAAUUAUAAGAAUUUAGAACAUGUAAGAUAAAUUUUCCGUUCAAAACUCCUGAGGCGUAUUGAAAUGGAGUACAUUCGUAGAUGGCAAAAUUGUACAUUGAAGUAUUGUAUAUUCAUGGGUUAUGAUGAGUUUAGAUAUUUAUCAUUCGUCUAAUUUGUAAUGUUCAUCACCAGUACAGUCUGUGCUUUACAAGUUGUAUUUAAUAAAUUUGCUAGAAAUUUAGAUUUAUAUUAUAAUCAUCGAAAGGUUUAAAAAGUUAAUCAAGGUUUUACGUAAUUUGAUUUAGUAAUUUUCGGGUUGAAUAAAGUUUUACAGAGCAAUCACGAGUGUUAGAAAAGAAUUUCUAUAACGAGAGAUCUUUGUACAGUAUAUGUUAUAUACGCCUGAGAAAUAAAAUGAGUUUGAUUUUGAAUCUCGGCUUUUAAAGUAAUUUUUUCAUUGAUGUUUAUACAAAAUGAGCUUGGAUUUCACGUGUGUUAUUGAAUUUUUCAAUCUUCGUAUUAAAUUUAAGUCAUCAAUCUCGGAAUUUUCAUCACAAUGAUUCUUGAAAAUGAAUCAUUUAGGUACUAUUUUUUAACUUCAAUAGUUCUUUAUGUUAAACUAAGGCUUUAUCUUAUAGCUAAGAAAAUUUGUUUUUCAGAAUUUAUUUUAAUGUGAUAAUAAAGCUGAGUGUUUUAGCAUCCAAACUGGUGUUUUAUAAAAUACCGGAUUAAUUUUAAAUUAAACUUGGUUUUCAUCAGUAGGGUAUAUUUUUGAUUAAUAUUAAUUAAUUUUUUAUUCAAUCAGGAAAAUAGUUUUUGGUUAAUUGGGAUAUAAUGGCUCUUUUAAAAAUUUUCAAUCGGGUAGAUUUUAUGCAGCUGCUUAUGUUUCAGAUCAGUCUUCCCAAGUUGAAACUUUGGAUAAAUUCAACUGGACGUUAACACGGGCCUAUAGCUGUUUCCGUUUCAAGGUAUUCUAGGAAACUGACUUUUGGGACUUACUUAUUUUAGCAUUACACCAUUUUUACGAUUAUAACGUGUAGUUUUUUUUUUUUUUUUUAUUUU